AUGGGUGAGCCAACUCUCAAUCGCGAAAAUGUCAUCUUGCCAGAUGAAGAGUUUGAAGACGACCACGACUCAUCAAUCGGAUCUAUCAAUGCAUCAACAUCCGAAAAAUACAACCUCCCGAAUGAUGAUAUCGAGAAACAAAGACUAGAUCUCCAGCAUAACUUAUUCAUUUUGACUCUCGAUAACAGACUGGGCUUGGCGCCCCCGAAUGAUCCCGAUUCCAAGGUCAAACGUGUGCUUGAUGUAGGCACGGGCACCGGAAUCUGGGCGAUUGAUUAUGCCGACGAACAUCCUGAUGCAAAGGUUAUCGGAGUCGAUCUGUCUCCCAUACAGCCUGGUUUUGUCCCUCCAAAUGUGGAAUUCUUCGUUGAUGACAUCGAGGAGCCUUGGACUUUCUCUGAGCCUUUCGACUACGUCCACAGUCGCAUGAUGACAUUCAGUAUCAUAAGCUGGCCUGAGCUCGCCAGUAACAUCUACAAAAAUCUUGUCCCCGGCGGUUAUGUAGAGCUUCUCGAAGUCGACCUCUUCGCCAGCUCCGAUGACAAAUCCCUUACCGAGGACAGCGAUUUAUCCAAGCUUCUCCACCUUCUUGACAAGGCUUCCACAAAGAUCGGUCGUCCCUUCCAGGACAACAAAAAGAACAAAGGCAUUCUGCAAGACGCUGGCUUCGUGGAUAUAGUUGAGACAGUGUUGAAGUGGCCCAACAACUCAUGGCCGAAGGACAAAAAGCACAAAGAGAUCGGUCAGUGGAAUAACAUGAAUAUGGAUCACUUCAAGGGACUCGAGGCUAUCUCCAUGGCUGUUCUAACUCGUGUCCUUGGUUGGAGCCUGGAGGAGGUGACGGUCUUUCUGGCCAAGGUUAGGAAGGACCUUGGGAAUAAGGUGAUUCACGCUUACUGGCCUGUAUACUCGACCUAUGGAAGGAAGCCCUUGGAGUGA